ACCCAAAUCAUCUCACAACCCAAAAGAAACAGAAAACCGUAACCCAAACCUAACCAAAAUUUGGUGCGUAAGAGCCGAGCUCUAAAGCUCCGAAUGCAGUGAUCGUCGCUUAAACCUUCCCUUUGUUAAACCCACAUAUUUCCUUCCCAGUCUCUUUCUACUCUCCACAACCGAAGAGGAGGGGGAAAAAAGCCAUGGCUGUGGACAAAGAUAAGCUUCAAGAAGAAGCUUCCAUUGUUCGUUUUUGUAAAAUUAUUCUUGGCUGGGACUAUUUUCGCCUCCUCAAAUUAUCUAGAAAAAAUAACAAAGAUGAGGCGACGUCGGCUUUAAAAGAAGUGAAGGAUAGCUACAAAGACGUUGAUGAUUAUUUGGCUACUUUCGAGCCGCUUUUGUUUGAGGAAGUCAAAGCUCAGAUUGUUCAGAGAAAAGAUGAGGAGGAAGUGACUGAUUGGAAGCUAAGGCUGGUUAUGGAAUGCAAUGAGGCUGAUGGAUUUUACUUACCUGCGAUUACUUAUGAAGCUGAGGAGGAAGAAUCGAUAUCACAGAAUGACCUUUUGCUGCUUUCAAAAGAGGACUUUAAAGAGGGUAGUAAGAAACUCCCAACAACAUAUGCAUUUGCAUUGGUGGAACAUAGACAAAAGAAUCAGCUUAGACUCAGAAUGUACUUAGCUGGCGAGUUCACACAAGUAAAUCCUGAUGUUGAAAAGAGUUCUGCAAGGCUGGCGCGUAUGCAAGCCCUUAUCACUUCUACUGCUAAUGCAGUGGACAAACGAUUGUUCAGUAUAAAGGUUUGUAGUUUAUCAACUAUAGCGCGUGAAUAUAUAGCUCUGCGAUCAGUUGGUUCUCUUCCUUUCAAGGAUUUAAUACUUAAAGCAGCAGAAAGAGAUCCCGGUUCUGAAGACCAAUCCUGGAAAAUUUCUGGAUCCCUAAAAGAUUAUUUUAAGGAGAAUCUUAACAAAUCUCAACAGGAAGCUAUACAUGCUGGUCUGUCUCGUAAAUCCAUUGUCCUGAUACAGGGGCCACCUGGAACAGGGAAGACACAGACCAUCCUUGGACUUCUAAGUGCUAUUUUGCAUGCAACUCCAGCAAGAGUACACUCGAAGGGUGUAUUGCUUGAGCUAAAUCUUGGACCAGAACUACCCAUUGAAGAAAAAUACAAGCAUUGGGGACGAGCUUCUCCAUGGUUAAUGAAUGCUAAUCCCAGGGAUAUUAUCAUGCCUAUUGAUGGUGAUGAUGGUUUCUUUCCUACCUCUGGAAACGAGAUGAAGCCAGAAGUUGUUAAUUCCAGACGGAAAUAUCGCCUACGGGUGCUGGUAUGUGCACCAUCAAAUUCUGCUCUUGAUGAGAUUGUGUUACGUCUUUUAAAAACCGGUGUUCGUGAUGAAAAUGUUCGCGCAUAUACUCCUAAAGUUGUUCGCAUUGGUCUUAAACCACAUCAUUCUGUCGAGGCAGUCUCCCUGGAUUACCUUGUUAAUCAAAAGAGGGAGUUGGCUGGUGAUAAGCCGAAACAAUCUUCCACAGCAAAGGAUAUAGACAGCCUUCGUGCUGCAAUUUUAGAUGAGGCUGUCAUUGUCUGCUCCACGCUCAGCUUCAGUGGUUCAGCAUUGCUUUCUAAACUUAGUUCUGGUUUUGAUGUUGUUAUAAUUGAUGAAGCUGCCCAAGCUGUGGAACCUGCCACUCUUCUUCCUUUGUCCAGUGGCUGCAAACAAGUAUUUCUGAUAGGUGAUCCAGUUCAAUUACCUGCUACUGUAAUUUCACCCGUUGCUGAGAAAUUUGGCUAUGCCACGAGUUUGUUCAAGAGAUUUCAGAGGGCUGGUUAUCCUGUAAAGAUGCUUAAGACUCAGUAUCGAAUGCAUCCCGAGAUAAGAAGCUUUCCUUCAAAAGAGUUCUAUGAUGAGGCGUUAGAAGAUGGAUCAGAUGUCGAAGAUCAAACUACUCGUGAAUGGCACAAUUACCGCUGCUUCGGACCAUUUUGCUUUUUCGAUAUACAUGAAGGGAAAGAGUCACAACCCUCAGGAAGUGGGUCCUGGGUAAAUACUGAUGAGAUCGAGUUUGUCCUUGCCUUGUACAAUAAAUUGAUAACAAUGCACCCAGAGCUUAAGUCGAGCUCUCAAUUUGCUAUUAUAAGCCCUUAUAGACAUCAAGUCAAGCUUUUACAAGAGAGAUUUCAGGAAACUUUUGGGGUGGAGUCCAAAAGGGUUGUGGAUAUUGGUACCAUUGACGGUUUCCAGGGACGGGAAAAAGAUGUUGUAAUAUUUUCUUGUGUGAGGGCUAGCAAAGAUAGAGGCAUAGGCUUUGUGUCUGAUUUUCGGCGAAUGAAUGUCGGAAUCACCCGAGCAAAGUCUUCUGUACUGGUGGUUGGUUCAGCAUCAACGCUGAAGAGGGACGAGCAUUGGAACAACCUAGUAGAAAGUGCUGAGGAGCGAGGAUGCUUAUUUAAGGUAGGGAAGCCUUAUACAUCAUUCUUGAAUGAUGAAUAUCUAGAAUCGAUGAAGGUUAUUAACAAGGAUGCACAAAUGAUGGAAGAUAUGGAUGAUCUUGAUAAUGAUAAUGUAGCAGCCUAUAAUAUGGCUGGAGAUGCUGAUCAAGCUCCGGUGGAAGACAAUGAUUAUGGAGAUGGAGAUGGAGAUGUAGGAGGAUAUGAUGAUGACUGAACACAACUAUCACAAUAGGUAAGCUUUUAUGCAUGCUUUAUUCACCAUCUAGAAUUCUAAUCAGAAACCCUUUUAUUUUGGUUCUUUGCUUUCAUUGCUUGGUUGGCAAUCUAAAUCACCUUAUUUUACUAAGAGCUAUAGAUGGGUUUCUUAGGGGAAGGAAUGUUAAUAACAUUAUCCACUUAAAAUUUGUCACGUCGAUUCCUCUACCUUCUCUUGUUGACCACUUGUUUGGUUAGUCCCCGCUUAAAAUAUACUUUUGUCAGUAAUAAUUUUUUCUUUUUCUUUUUUCUUUAAUGUGUAAAUAUUUAUAUAUAUUAUAAGAGCCGAUAAACGUGUUUUGCACUACAAAAAUCUAAUUGAAUUUUUAUGAAACAAUAAAUUUUUCUUAUUAAUAUUAUCUUAAUGAGUGAUACUAAGCUGAGAUUUUGUUAUUUAUUUGUUUAUGUUUUAAGGACAGAUUUUGUUUAGUUGAAAUAAGAAACUAGGUUCAUUCUGUGUACUUACUGGUUAUGCUUUAUGUUUGGGAUUUAUUUUCUCUUUAAUUUGGCAUGAUUUAUGAUUUGAUAUUUUUAUUAGUAGAUCUAAAUUGAUGAUAUUGUUAAAAGUAAUAACAUGAUUUUUUUAUUAUUUGAAAUUUUUAAUCAUAUUUAACAAACAAUAUUAAACAUGAAAUUUACGUAUUGUUUGAAGGUUUUUUUAAAAAAAAGAAAUAUGGAGUCAUUUAAACUUAAGAAAGAUCAAAUCAUAUCAAUGUAAAAAAAUAAAAUGAAGAUUAAAAUUAAAAUUAUAAUUAGAAAGCAUUUAAUAGCAUGGCAUAGACGCCACUGGAAAAACAGAAAUAGGAUGAGAGAAAGAAACUUGCCAGUUUGAUUUAAGAUUAAGAACAGAGAUGCACAUGCAACUUUACAAUGGCAAUUAGAACUUUCUUUCUUGUCUUUUUUCUUUUUUCCAUUUUUUCCCCUUCCUUCAAACCGAAGAAACCAAUACAAAAAUCAGCAAAAUCUUAGGUUGGGAACAGGGGAUGGGCUAAAGGGUAGCAACAAAAAAUUGAAAUUCCCAUUUAGAAUCUUCUCAUCAUCAUCAUCUUCUUUGCCUAAGCUUUACCUUUUUUUCCUUUGUAAUACUCAAAACCACGUGCAAUGUCCUGAAUUCUAGCCUUCCUCCUCCCCCUUCCCCCCCCCUUUUUUUUUUCUUUUUCAAU